AAAUAUUAAAAAUCCGACAAAAAAUUGAAAAUAGAGUAAGAGUAACAUAACAUAGUUCCCUCCCCACAUUGCCUAAAAUAUAAAGGCGGGAAACGAAUUAUUUCAGCCAAUCCCGCCUUAGGUUCUAGAAUCUUCCACUAUAUAUAAACCCUUUCCCUCUUUCAUUUCCACCCCAAAUACCAAAAAUUCCCCCCCAAACACCAAAAACCGCAAAACCCUAAUUUCCAGAUCCACGAUCAAAAAAGAUGUUGGAACUCCGUUUAGUUCAAGGUUCACUUCUCAAGAAAGUUCUCGAAUCGAUCAAGGAAUUGGUCACCGAUGCUAACUUCGAUUGUUCUUCAACCGGUUUCUCUCUUCAAGCCAUGGAUUCUAGCCAUGUCGCUUUGGUUGCUCUUUUGCUUCGUUCUGAAGGGUUUGAACAUUAUCGCUGUGACCGUAACCUUUCCAUGGGUAUGAAUCUUAAUAACAUGGCGAAGAUGUUGAAAUGUGCUGGAAAUGAUGAUAUCAUUACUAUUAAGGCUGAUGAUGGGAGUGAUACCGUCACGUUCAUGUUUGAAAGCCCUACCCAAGACAAGAUUUCUGAUUUUGAGAUGAAGCUGAUGGACAUUGACAGUGAACACCUUGGAAUUCCAGAGGCUGAAUAUCAUGCCAUUGUUAGGAUGCCAUCUGCUGAGUUUGCUAGGAUUUGCAAAGAUCUAAGUAGCAUUGGUGACACUGUUGUCAUUUCGGUUACUAAGGAGGGUGUGAAGUUUUCCACCAAGGGAGAUAUUGGAAGUGCAAAUAUAGUUUGCAGGCAGAAUACUACUGUGGACAAGCCUGAUGAUGCUACUGUCAUAGAGAUGAAUGAGCCUGUGGCCUUGCAAUUUGCAUUAAGAUACAUGAAUUCUUUUACAAAGGCAACUCCUUUGUCCAAUACAGUUACCAUCAGUCUGUCAAAUGAGCUGCCAGUUGUUGUUGAGUACAAGAUUGCUGAGAUGGGAUAUGUUAGGUUCUAUUUGGCUCCCAAAAUUGAGGAGGAUGAAGAAGAAACAAAGCCAGAAGUUUAGUUUGAUUAAGAUGUUUGACUGUCAUUUUAGGUUUUGAAUUUGGUUUUAGUUUAGGAUGCUUCUAUACAUUGUUAAGAAGUUUUAGCUGUUUGGCAAUCUAUGAAUUUGGAAGAGGUGUAUUGGUUUCUUGUCGCAUUAUUUUCCACCUUGUUUAAAACAAUGUUAAACCAUGGAUGUGUAUUCUUCAC